AUGGCAAAGGAUGAUGGUUUGUUACUACUUCUAUCAACAGAGGGACCGCCGAGGCGAGUAGGGUUGAGGAGGAAACAGGCCGGAAGAGGAUCUUACAGAGAUGCAGUCAGGUGGGUAAGAGACAUAGCACCCUCACAUUUUAUACUGAGGAUUGAUUCAUUCUCCAAACUUACCAAGAUGCUGUCGGAAGGGGGAAUCCAAUGUUUCAAGUCCAAAGUUUUCGAAGCUAGUGGUUACAAAUGGAAAUUCGUGGUGUAUCCUAAUGGCGAUGAAAAUGGAAUUAGUACAGAACACAUAUCCGUGUUGUUGCGUAUUGAAGACACAGAUGCAUUGCCUACGGGUUGGGAGAUAUUUACUGAUAUAAAGUUUUUUUUAUUUGAUCAAAGUGAUCCAUUGCCAUUAAUAAUGCUAAUUGGGAGUGUUUUAGUUUGUGGAGUUAGCAGGUUCCAUCGGCUGAAAACGGAAUUGGGCAUCUCCAAAUUGAUCUCUCGUGAUGUGUUUAGUGAUGCUGCCAAUGGGUAUCUUAUUAAUGAUAAAUGUGUCUUUGGAGUUGAGGUUUUUGUGCUUGAUUCUAAGUUCGAAGAAGAAUAUUUGAGACCCUCGGUGGAAGUUGAUAAUAAGACCUUUACUUGGACGAUAGCUGACUUCAGUAACUUGAGCAGUGAAAUGCAUUAUUCUGAUGAAUUUUAUGCGAGCUCAUUCAAAUGGCAGUUAUUACUUUAUCGAGAAAGGACUCAGCAAUCUAAUGGAGAAUAUGUCUCAUUGGUCUUGAAGCUGGUUGAUGAAAAGAUUGCUUGUGAUAAACUGCUUCUAUUCGCUCGCCUCCACAGAUCACAGCUCCAUUGCCACUGCUCUUCUACUCCACCAGCGAUCACCUCCUUAUCGGCGACGCAACUAUCAACUGCCCACGGCCUUUGCCAAUCUGCACUCUCAAGCGCCUCAGAAAUUGAUAGAGCAAUAAUGUCAACCUUCUCCUCCUCAAGUGAAGAAGAUGCCUUUACUGAUGUAUAUGACUACAGAGAUAGAGCACCUUCCCAUUACCUACUAGAUGUUGAAUCAUUCUCCAGUCUUACUGAGAUGCUAUCAGAAGGCGGACUCCCGUGUUAUGAGUCUAAAGUUUUCGAAGCUAGUGGCUAUAAAUGGACAUUAUCAAUCUACCCUAAUGGUGAUGCAAGUAGGAAUAGUAAGGGAUAUAUCUCUAUGUUUCUGUGUAUUGAAGACACAGAUGAAUUGCCUAAGCGGUGGGAAAUAUACACAAAUUUGAAGUUCUUUAUAUUUGAUCAGAAUCGUGACAAAUACUUGAUCUUCCAAGAUGGUCAAGUAAGCCGGUUCCAUCAAUUGAAACCGGAAUGUGGCAUCAAGGAAUUGAUCUCUCGUGAAGUGUUUGAUGAUGCUGCCAAUGGGUGUCUUGUUGAUGAUAGAUGUGCUUUUGGAGUUGAGGUUUUUGUGAUUGAUUCUAAGUUUUCUGGAGAAUGUUUGAGCCCGUCAGUGAAAGUCGAUAAAACCUAUACUUGGAGAGUGUAUAAGUUCAGUCAUUUGGGCGGGGACGGUACAGUUCAUUAUUCUAAGGAAUUUGAUGCAGAGUCCUACAAAUGGAAGUUAGCAUUCUACCCUCGCGGAAAUCGCAAGCCAUAUGGGAAACACCUUGCUUUGCAUUUGGAGCUUGUGGAUCCGGAAAUCACUUCUCCUAGACUCCUUGUGCAUUUCGAGUUAUCCGUGAUAAACCAGAAAUCUGAGAAGCAUAUAGAGGCUAGAGCUUGUGAAUAUUUUGAUCAUCAAUUUCCAUUCUGGGGCUGGGAUGAAUUUGCGCUGUUGAAUGAUCUGCGGGACGAAUCUAAUGGCUUCAUUGUUGACAAUUGCUUGAUCAUUAAAGCACACAUCAAGACUCUGUCAACCAUCGACAGCUAAGCUUGAAGAAGGUUUCUUCAUCUAGUUUCUUAUUUAUAUGACUUAUGAGUUAUGACAUUGUUAUUUAGAUCUAUAAAUUUGGUAUUCUUUGAAUUUGAUUGAUAUGGGCUUGCAUUUACAAAUGAGAUAUGACAUUGUUAGUUUGUGAAUUGUGAGCCACCUGGCAAAAUGGAAUGAUGGAUGCUAUUGAA